UUCAACUCAGCGAUGAGCGAGAUGAUGAUGAUGAUGGUGCCAGACUAUUUAUUCAUUCGGGACCACUCUGAGUUCAACACACAUGGGACAGUUUGAUUACUUUUCUGAGGAGUUUCUUGGUUGUAUUUUUUAGUUUUGCUUUGCCCAAAAUGUCAGGGGGCUCUCCAGUAACUGGCUCCUUUGCGAUGGGUGACUAUGUGGUGUUUGCUCUCAUGCUGGUGAUGUCUGCUGCCGUUGGGAUCUACUAUGCCUGGGUGGACAGGGACCAGAGAAGCUCUGCAGACUUCCUAAUGGGGGGACGGAGACUGACAGCCCUGCCUGUCUCCCUGUCUCUGACUGCCAGCUUCAUGUCUGCCAUCACAGUUUUAUCCAAUCCAGCUGAGGUGUACCGCUAUGGAGCCAGCAUUGGAUUUUUUGCCAUCUCCUAUGUACUGACCAUGAUAGUCACAUCAGAGAUCUUUCUGCCAGUCUUCUACAGACUUGCCAUCACCAGCACAUAUGAGUAUCUGGAGUUGCGUUUUAACAGAGCCACUCGUCUGCUGGGAACUAUGCUCUUCAUUGUUCAAACAAUCCUCUACACUGGAAUCGUCAUUUAUGCUCCAGCUCUUGCUUUAAACCAAGUGACUGGUAUGGAUCUGUGGGGUGCAUUAAUAUCCACAGGUGUGGUUUGCACCUUUUACUGCACGUUGGGUGGUCUGAAGGCGGUGGUGUGGACAGAUGUAUUUCAGGUUGGUGUCAUGCUUGCAGGCUUCCUUGCUGUCAUCAUCAGAUCUGUGGUGCUACAAGGUGGAGUCAUUGCUAUAAUUUCGGAUUCUCAGCAAGGUGGCAGACUCAACUUCUGGGAUUUUGACAUAAACCCUCUGAGGAGACACACUUUUUGGACCAUUACAAUCGGAGGAACAUUUAUCUGGAUCAGCAUCUAUGGAAUCAACCAGGCCCAGGUUCAGAGAUACAUCUCCUGCAAAAGCAUCGGCCAAGCCAGACUAUCUCUGUACAUCAACCUUUUAGGCCUGUGCUCCAUCUUGUUGUGCUCUGUUUUUGCAGGACUGUGUCUCUACUCAGUCUAUAAGAGCUGUGACCCGUGGACUGCUGGGCUGAUCUCUGCCCCUGAUCAGCUGAUGCCUUAUUUGGUGAUGGACAUUUUGGGAAACUAUCCUGGCCUUCCUGGACUGUUCGUUUCAGCAGCAUACAGCGGAUCUCUGAGCACAGUGUCUUCCAGCAUCAAUGCACUUGCUGCAGUCACAGUAGAGGAUCUGAUCAAACCCUAUACUCAGAUUUCUGACAGAAGCCUGUCUCGGAUUUCCAAAGGACUGAGUUUGCUAUAUGGGAUGCUGUGCAUUGGAAUGGCCGGGCUGGCCUCAGUCAUGGGAGGGAUCUUACAGGCAGUCAUCAGUAUCUUCGGGGUCAUUGGGGGUCCUUUACUUGGCCUGUUCACACUGGGAAUCCUCUGUCCAUUUGCUAACUCUAAAGGAGCUCUGGUUGGUGUCAUGUCAGGGUUGAUCGUGUCUCUCUGGGUGGGCAUUGGCGCCCAUAUUUACCCUGCUCCACCUGAGAUGAGGCGGCCGUUGUCUCUGAUCACUGCAGGCUGUAACUUCACCACAGUCAACUGGACCUCUACUGCUCUGACAUCGGGGCAGAGCUUCAUUACCACAGCUCCAGGACUGAAUAUGGACAGCAGGUCUGUUCUGGAAGAUAACUGGUACUCUUUGUCCUACAUGUACUUCAGUCCCAUUGGAACCAUAAUCACUGUCACUGUAGGGCUGAUAGUCAGUCUGCUCUCAGGAGGUUGGAAGAUAAAGGUGGAAUCAAGGCUUAUUUUAAGGAAAGAAGACACAUAUCUUUUUCAUCUAUACACAUUUCUCAAACACAGAGUCCUGAGAAGAACUGGGGAGCUUGACCUCACAAAAGACAGACAACAGAAAGUUGGCAACACAAAUCAUGCUUUCUGCGAUGUGGAGCUGGACUCAACAAAAACCACCAUCCCUUCAUGAAAUACAACUUACGGAGUUCUAAAUGUUUGUCAUUUGUUAUAAAUAAAAAUAAAUGAA